AAGCCUAUUAUAUUUAUCCCCGAAUGUUUAAUAUACUCAUUGUCAUUAAUCUAAGCUACAACACUCGUUUUUUUGUUUUCAGGCGGCACCAACCAGGUCUCUUAAUUCAACGCUCAGUAUAAUCCGUUGUAUUCACGAAUAAGCCGUCAAGAUGCCUUACUUCAACGCUACCUCGACCGCCAAAUUCCUGUCGUUCGCUACUCCCUUGGUACUUCACCCAACUCCCCCUCCUGUGACGCGUACCACGCUGUCUCCAGUGACACACAGCAUGUACACAACCGUCUACGAAACCGUCCUACCAGCGGCUUGUGAGACUAGCCAGUGGAUGGCCACGUACACGAUUACCGAGACUUGCUCUGGUAAACCGGCCGACUAUGUGACGCCCACCAUCCCACCAGGAUUUGUAGUUACCACCGUGGCUUGCCACGCCUGCGAGCCUCACGAGAUCGAAAUUACCUGCCCCGGUGCUUUACCCACUGGUGUCGGCCGCCCUUCUUUUAGCAUCACCGGGAACGGUGUCACCGCUACCAUCACAGCUGCCCCACAUGUGCCACACGGCUCUCCACAUCCUGUUCCUCACCCUAUUGGGCCAGCGAACGUCCCUGUUCCUGUUGUUCCCGGCGGCCCGGGUGAUAAGGGUGGCAAGCCUGGCUCGUGCUCCGGUCCCGGUCCUUGCCCAGGCUUGGCUCCUGGCGCAGGUUCUCCGCCAAAGGGUGGUGCGCCCGGUCCAUCGGGGUCUUGCUCUGGUUCCGAACCGUGCCAUGAUUCAGGAUCUGCUCCUUCUGGCGGCCACCCAGGCUCUGGCUCCGGCUCUGGCCCCACACCUAAGGGUGGCAUGCCCGGCCCUUCUAGCUCAUGCUCUGGCCCUGGGCCAUGCCCCGGCUCUGGCUCACCAUCUGGCUGCAGCUCGGGUUCAUGUGGCCCUCACCACCCAGGUGGCAAUGGCACUUCCAUCCCUCCACCCGCCGUUGUUACCGCUGGCGCGCCCGCCGUCAGGGACACGUUCGCGCUUGUCUCCGCUCUCGCCUUUGUGGCUGGUCAAUUCAUUCUUCUAUAAACAUAAUAUUUGGUUCUUGAAAGAUGAGUAUUCGUCCUUCAUCGCACUUUAUGGCUAGA